AUUUGACAUAUCAAUAGUUUGGAGAAAUAAUUCUACAACGUAGGUUGUUCAUCGGACAAUUUAAAGCGUAGGCAAUAAUUAAAAAAUAUUGUACCAAUUUAAUAAAACGCAAAAAAAAAAUUAUACAUAUAAUACAUUUUUUUCUUUGUCAUUAAAUAAAUUUUUUAAACAAUUUUGGUUUUAUUGUAAAAUUUGUAGAAAACGCUUGACCUCUUUGAGAUUAUAAUGUACAUACAUACGUAUAUUUAUAUUUUAAAUGGGUAGGAGGAAAUAUUACGUUACUAAAUUAAUUUCGGAAGUGACUCAGCAAAGAGCACGCAUUAUAUGGUUUGCGUCUUAGAUAGACGUCAGAUUUAUAAACGUCAUAUUGACAGGUUAGAGGGCUGAUUAAAACGUAUCUGAAAUGCCAAGGAUAGACCCUUUACAGUUAUUAACAUGUUUGAAAGUCCUCUUGGACAAGAAUGGUGGUAUUUUAAGUUUGAAUGAAGUUAAACGUAUUGCUGGGCUUAUGACGAAAUACUCAAAAAAAUUAGUUUCAAAAUGCAUAUACAUACAAAUUUUAAAAUGUACCAAAACGGAUUUGCUUGGAGAAUUUAUGGGAGCAGGAGGUUGGCAACUAGUUAAUUUGUGGCUAACCGAUGGAUUACGAGCAAUGAAUUAUCCUUUAGUGACUGAAAUUUUGGAGCUGUUUUUACUUUGUCCAGUAGAUGUUGAACGUUUAAAAAGUAAUACUUCACCAAAACUGGUGAAGCAACUGUCUCGAGAAGGUCCACCAGACGUACGCAUAUUAGCAACACGAUUAGUUGAACAAUGGUUAAAUAUUGUAAAAGCUUCAAAUUUAGCAUCAAACAAUCAUGCGACCAGCAAAGUGACUGAAACUAGCACUUCGGACAGCAAAAUAACUAGCAAAACUACUGAUACAAAAAAAGAUGAUGAGAAUUCAAAAACUGAUAAAAUUGAGAAUGUCGAAACAAGUAAAUCCCCUAGCACAAAAACUAGUGAUAGUACAUUUAAGUCAUCUCCGUCGCCAAAACGGAAAUUGUCGACAGAAUCGUCUAGUAGUUUAACUCUUAAAAUUGUUGUUAAAGAUGGCAAGCAAGUUGUUUCGAAGGUAGAAGAAUGCAAAGAAGACGACACAACCGUAAGUAAUGAAUCAAAAGAGAGAGACGAAGCUGAUAAUGAUGGUGACCAACAAUCUGAGAGUGAUGAAUCUUCUGAUAAAUUAUCUAAUAAAGAAAAUGAAAAUAAAUCCAAGGAUGAGGAAAAUGAAGAAAAUCAAGAAAGUAAGGAUAUAAAAGAUAAAGAUAAGCAAAAAGAAAAAGAUAAAAACAAAGAUAAAGUAAAGGAUAAGACAAAAAGCAGUAGUAGUAAAGAUAAAGAUCGUCAUAAAUCUAGUAAUAGUUCAUCUAAAUCCUCAUCAAAAUCACAUUCAUCAUCUACAAAGAAUAGUAGUAGCAGUAGUAGUUCUUCCAGUAAAUCAAAACAUUCUAAUAAAAAUAGUAACAGGGACAAAGAUAGAGAUUCUGACAAGGAUAAGGAUCGUGAAAAGGAUAAAGACCAUAAAAAAAAGUCCUCUAAUAAAUCUUCCUCAAAAGAUAAACAUAAACACGAAAGAGAAAAGUCUUUGUCGAAAGAAAAAGAAAGAGAAAAGGAGAAGACCAACCAGGCUGAAAAAGAUAAAGAUACCUUAAAUAAAGUUCUUCCACCUAGUUUAGAGAAAUUGGGAAAAAUUCCUAAAAAACCAAGGGAUCCUAAUGAUCCCGAGGCUUUGAAACCUACAUCUAUAACAAUACCGUCUAAAAAAGCCUCAAUGUCUAUUGAAAUUCGAAAAGAUUCAGAAAAAGCCAAAACUGUGAAAACAUAUAAAUCUCAAUUUCGCAGUCAUGGCUUAACCGAAGAAGCACCUCCACCACCUUCAAGAAAGCAAUUAAAAAAGCCGACAAAUGUUACUCCUGUUUCUGUACCUGCUGGUGGGAUUCUUGGUAGUAGCAAUUUUGCUUCAACGUUGAAACGUUCUUCUCCUCCACUUUCUAGUAGUAGUUCUACAAAUACGUCUAAUUCUAAUACUUCUGUAAAUUCCGCGAGCGGCCAAAAUAAUGCUGCUCACAAUAGUGGACCACCUGCAGAAAAGAAACCUAGAAUUGAUAUGACUGGAAUGCCUAGUAAUAUAGUUGAGAAGCCUGGUUCUAUUAAAUUAAUUGCUCCUAAACCAAAACCUAGCCUUGUUGAAAGUGAUUUAUUUAUGGAUGCACUAUCUGCUGCCGCUUACAAGAAAAAUGUUACAAAAAGAAAACGACGACCAAGUAAUUCAGCAAAUGCUGAGAGUCCAACUGCACCAAAAGUGGAGCCGUUGAAAUUCUAUCAAGAUACUUUAGAGGCAAAGGAAGAUGAUAAAUCUGACACUAAAUUAGAUAAUAAAAGUGAAAAGUCUGAAUCAGAAAAUGAUAAAGAAAGUACAAUUAUUAAGAUUGAAGAUGAUGAUGAUGAUAUUCCAUUGAAAAAAGUCAAAGAAGAUAUUGACCUAAAAACUAGCGCGGAGAAUACUAAAGAAGAUAAUGAAAAAAUAAAGGAUGAAAGCAAUGACGGUGCAGAGAUAAUAGAGUCUUCUGAUCCAAAAUCGCCAGAGGAACCAUAUAUUCCAAUUAAGAAACCUCCAGGCCCUGGUUGUGGUCCAGAUGGGCCACCUGGUGUUUUAAUCUUACACCGUCGCACAGGACCUAAAAAGAAAUUAAAAUGGCGACCGCAAGAAGAUCUCGAGGAAAUUCGGUAUUUCGAACUCGACGAAAAUGAGCGUGUUAAUGUAACUAAAGCAUUUACUGAUAUGAAAAAUAUGGAAAGAAUGCAUGAGCGUGAAGCAUUCCUCUUAGCACGUAAAUUAAAUAAUGAAGAUCUUAUGGUAGAACAAAUGCAAUGGAGACCGUUAAUCGAAGUUGAUGAUGUUCCACCACAUCCAGAUCCGGGUUGUAAGAGUAAAGAAAAAACUAUUCAAGCUGAACGGGAACGAACAACCCUAAAAGCAUUGUAUUUUUCUCAUGCAAUGAUUCCAGAUUCUCCAUCUGAACCAGAUAUGGAACAAUGUACAAUUACAGAGCCAAAAAUUAUUCCAUUAGAUGAUAUUACCGGAAGCAAUUCAGCAGAUAGUGUGAAUGAUUUUGUUAGUUAUGGUUAUCCAGAACCUAAAGGUACUCCCCCACCAGAUCAUCAAGAUGAUCCCAUGGAUGGUGGUUUGAAUUUGACAAGUAUCCCGGGUACCGAAAUCCCAUUUGGCAAUCAGAACAAUCAAUUUAAUCCCUUUUUACCUUUUGGCGGUCAACCCGUUGGAAACAAUAAUAUGGGUAAUCCAAAUAAUUGGGUUGCAGGACUUGGGCCAAAUGGUUCAAAUAACAUGGGAAUUAACAAUAUUUUACCGCCUAAUAAUAUGAAUAAUCUAAAUAAUGUCAAUAAUAUUAACAUGUUAAGGUCGAAUGUAGCUGCUGCAAUGAAUGGCCCUAUGGCCGGGAAUAUGAACGGUCCACCUCCUUUGAUGGCAACAGCACCUUUAGGACCAAUUAAUAAUGGACCAUUUAAUAUGCCGCAUAAUAUUUUACCUUUUGGGCCAAACGGACCCCCACCUAAUGGAAUGAAUGGUUCACCACAAAAUUUAUUAUCUUCAAUAUUUGGCCCUAAUGGUAUUCAACAGCAGCAACAACAACGUAUGAACAUGAAUGCUAUGCACAAUGGACCAAUGCACAAUCAAAUGGGAGGAGGAAACAGAAAUCAAAAUUCUGGAGGAAAUUGGCGUUCAGCAGGAGGUUUAAAUAAUAAUAAUAGUGGCAAUUGGAGAUCAAAUAAUAAUGAUCGAGGCAAUAAUAGAAAUAAUGAUCGUAGUAAUUGGGUUCACGGUAACGCGAAUCGUUCUGUUUGCAAGCAAUUUUUACGUGGCUUUUGUCGUAACGGAAAUAAAUGCAACUAUAUACAUCCUGGUAAUAAUCAAAGAAUAUAACAUAGAUUUUCCUCAUCAGAUAGUGAUGAUGAUGAAGAUGAUGAAGCGUAAGUUGAUCGAAUUUUAAUUUCUGGCAAGCACUUAAAUUAUGUAAGGCUUUCAUGAGUAAAAAGUUUUACAAUGCUGGAAUAUAUUAGAGAUUCGAACUUGAAUUAUACAAAAAUAUUCUACAGCUGUGAUACAAAAGCCAUUUUUAAUUAUGCAAUUUUAUAUCGUCAAAUGGAAUUAACAAAGCUCUAAUGUCUAUUAUGAAUUUGUAAGUUUUGAAGAGAAAAAUUAUGUUUAAUAAGUACAAAAUCAAAAAAAAAAAAAAAAGAAAAAAAAAGGUAAAUUUUUCAACUAUUAAAUAGGAAGAAAAACUGAUCAAAGUUAUUUGAUAGGCAUUAACAUGUUAACUACGGGAAACUUUAUUGAUUAAAAAUGACAACUAUUUAUAAUGCUAGUUAGUAUUAGAACAUAGGGACGUAAUUUAAAUUUUUAGGAUUAUUUUUUAUCUAUUAAUAGUAUAUGUAUGAAUCAACAAGACAAAGUAUGUUUUAAUACUUUUUCAUAAUUUUUUUUAAAAUCAAUGCUAUUAAUUUAAAAGAAAAAAAAUUGUUACAAAAAAAAAAUUGUUGAUUUUCUUAUGUUUUCUUUAUUUCGUAGCAUAAAAAUGAAGGAAUAAUUAUUUCUUGAUAAGGUUGAUUUUAUAUGAAAAAUUUUU